AACAAAGAUUAUAAGGAUGGAUGGUACCUCUGAGUGAAAGUGGUGACAUUUGAAAUAACGGUUUUUUGUGAUUUGAAAACAAACUUUUUUCUUUUAAAGGAAACUAAUUAAUAAACAUAAACAUGUUACCAGGUAAAAGUGACUCAUUCUCCUUUCAUAGUGGGGAGAGUGUUAAUCGAUGUUCAAUUAGAAGUACAGGUAUGCAGAAUUGCAGGAGAAAAUUGGAAGAUAAUUUCAAUGACAAAACUGGAAUACAAGAAAACAGAUCAGUAUUAGGAGUAUUAUCCCUUAACGAUAAUGCUAGAAAAACACUCAGAAAUGGAGCAGAAAGAAUAACUAAAACAUUAAAUAUAUUUAGAACAUCAUUAGGGACUUUUACACAAAGGUUCAAAAUAUCUACCAAACGACGACAGAUAUUAGAAGAAGGUCCAAUGACUCCAAACUGUACCAACACUCCAUAUGUGAAACAAGUCUUGGGACGGACACCAACAAAAAUGUACAGUCCAUUUGGUAUUGACAGUCCUUAUAAUGCUACGACUUAUAACAAAGAAAAUAUGCCUUAGAAACAAUAUAAAGCUGGUUUAACUGUAAUUAAUUCUACAAUAAUACAAUACAGUAUUUAUAUAUUUUUAAGAUAUUUGAAAAUUAUGCACUAAUUGCACAUCUGAUAAAUGUUAGUUAAUUAAUGAGAAUGUAGUACACUUUCUUAAAUGUAUGAUUACAUUUUUUGUCAUUUUUACUUGUGUUUAUCUACAAAUUAUAUUUUUUAUAAAAUACAUUUGUUUUAUUGCCUAUUAUUAAAAGUUUACUUUUAGCUGGGUACAAUUCCUACAGGAAUCCAUGUAACCUCUUGGAGGUCUGAGGGGGUUGAAAAUGUUUUUAAUUAUUAGAAUUAGUCAAUAAUUUUAGCGUCAUACUAUUUUUGUAUCAUAUGUUUAUUUUUUGUUUGAUAAAAAAGCGA